AUGGUGAAGAUCAGCUUCCAGCCGGCCGUGGCCGGUGUCAAAGGCGACAAGGCCGACAAGGCUUCGGCCUCGGCCUCCGCCUCCGCCCCGGCCGCUGAGAUCCUGCUGACCUCGGCUCGGGAGGAGCGGCCCCCCUACCACCGCCACAAGAAGGGGGGCUCUGUGGGCAGCGUGUGCUACCUGUCGAUGGGCAUGGUGGUGCUGCUCAUGGGCCUCGUGUUCGCCUCCGUCUACAUCUACAGAUACUUCUUCCUUGCUCAGCUGGCUCGAGACAACUUCUUCCACUGCGGCGUCUUCUACGAGGACACCCUGACCUCCCAGGCCCACACGCGGAUGGAGCUGGAGGAGGACGUGAAGAUUUACCUCGAAGAUAACUACGAGCGCAUCAACGUGCCAGUGCCCCAGUUUGGUGGCGGCGACCCUGCCGACAUCAUCCAUGACUUCCAGCGGGGCCUGACCGCCUACCAUGACAUCUCCCUGGACAAGUGCUAUGUCAUCGAGCUCAACACCACCAUCGUGCUGCCCCCUCGCAACUUCUGGGAGCUCCUCAUGAACGUGAAGAGAGGUACCUACCUGCCGCAGACGUACAUCAUCCAGGAGGAGAUGGUGGUCACAGAGCACGUCAACGACAAGGAGACCCUGGGCUCCUUCAUCUACCACCUGUGCAACGGGAAGGACACCUACCGGCUGCGGCGCCGGGCAACUCGGAGGCGAAUCAACAAGCGUGGGGCCAAGAACUGCAACGCCAUCCGCCACUUCGAGAACACCUUCGUGGUGGAGACGCUCAUCUGUGGAGCGGUGUGA